CUCGCUCCUCCUGUGUCCCCUCGCUCCUCCUGUGGCCCCUCGCUCCUCCUGUGGCCCCUCGCUCCUCCUGUGUCCCCUCGCUCCUCCUGUGGCCCCUCGCUCCUCCUGUGGCCCCUCGCUCCUCCUGUGCAGCUGUAAAAUUUAGGAGCACAGAUGAUUGUGAUCAGAUUUAGGAUAGAAGUGUAAAAAAUGGGAUUGUGUGUUUAAAUGUGCUUUGUGACUGACUCCAGGAGCAUAAACAUUUGUACAACACUAAAAUAUGAGCUGAUGAACUCAUUCAAAAACCCCACACAUUUCACCACAUGUUUGUAGACGUAGAAACAUGAUUGUGAUAUAUCAUGCAGUCUUAUCUUAAAGUGACUUAUUGUAGAUAAAUCAUAAUUGCAGCAGUGUCUUUAACUACACAUGAAUUGAUUAUUUUGACUUUCUUUUCUUUUGUUCAUGACUUUUAAUCAUGUUUCAGUCUGUUCUGUUGAACCUGAUGGACUUAAAUGAAGUGAAGAAACAAAUCAAAGUCGGGUUAAUGGAAAAUAAGAAAAAAACACACGAUGAUAAGUUUAAUGGAAUGUAUACGGUGUAUUGUUCUUAAGAAAAAAUGAAUGUUAAAAAUAAAAUAAAAUAAAACCUGGAACAGUCUUUUAUAUACGACUUUGACUGUGUUUAAAUCCAGACUCAGAACGGUUCUGUUUAGCUGCAUAGGACUGACAGGUUUUCAUUUUUCAUUCUGUACUCUUUUGUCUCAUUUAAUGUCUCUCUCUCUCUUUUUAAUUUUAUGAUGAUUAUUUAUGUUUUGAUUUGUUUUAUUGGGAUUUGAAUGUAUUUCUUAUUUUUUGUGUAUGAAUUGUGCCAUACAAAUAAACUUGUCUUGCCUGGUUUAGUCCUGAAAAAAAAAAAAAAAAAAAAAAAAAGCUCAUGAACCCAGAAGUUUAAGACCAAGAGCUGCGCCUCAGGGACUUUUCUAUGUAGAAAAGUAUCAGGACAGCGCCCUCUUCUGGUAUCGUAUUUAUUGUAUUUAUAUCUACUUUACAGUUAUGUACAGUCACGGAUGUUUAUUCAGAUCAUGAACUUAAACUGUAAUGAAUAUUUGGAGAAACACUUUGUCCUCUCUUCUGGUUUUGGUCUUCCUUUGUUUAUAAUAUUCCACAUUAUGGCAUAAAACGUAUAUAUCCAUGGAAAAUGUUCUCAAGUAUUGCCCAUCUCCAGAAUCUUACACCUUAAUGUGCAUGUCUGGAGUUAAAUCAAGCUUUAUUCAAAGAUUUAUAGAUAGAAAAACUGUUUUAUGUUUUACUUGUUAAAAGCCUCAAACACUCAAGUAGCCUGGUUGUAACACACAAUUCUUUAAAUAUGUACUUGCCAAAUGUAAAGGUCAAGUUAGCUCUUAUAUACAUUAACACGCAGUUUAUGGCAUUUAAUAGUAAGGUUGCGCUUUUAUUUUGGUGACUUCCGGUUUGAGCGGAAGUGAAGGAAAAAAACGCUUGUUUAUAAAGCUUGUUAUAAAGAAAAGACGCAAAGUAAAUACGGCUACGUUAACAGUGAAAAACAAAACAACGGAGAAAAGUUAUAUAAAACAAACUAAAGAUAGCUACAGUCGACAGGAGAACAAGGUUUGUUUGACUUGUGAAUGUAUAUUUGAACUUCUUGUCAUUUGUAUCAAAUUAAUGUUAAAUAUGGAUAACGGUUAAACAAUGUAAUGAGCUAGUGUUGCUGUAAUUGUUGUUAUUUUGUUCUUGUUUAGCUCUUACGUUGGUUCUUUGACAUGGCAAGGAAUGAUUAAAAGUCAUUUAACCAUCAGUUCUGGCCUUCUCAGUUUGACUGGAUUCUACACCAAAUGUCGUUUCUCUCUCCUGUUCCUCUCCAGUCUGUCUUAAUUGUCUUAAUGAAGUAGUUUCUAAUCCUGAAUCAUUCGGAAUGAUUUGUUCAAGCUUUAUGAGACUGUUGAAAGCUGUUUGUCCUCAAAAACCACACGAGUCCCAUCCCUGAUCUCAGCCCGGUGUACAAAUGUCCAACGAGGUAAACAACAGGUAUAAAGUAGAUAUAAAUACAAUUCCCUGCAAUGUGUCCUUCGCUUACGGCCAUACCACCCUGAACACGCCCGAUCUCGUCCGAUCUCGGAAACCCGUUCCUAACGAAGUCGUAACAGUUCCUAACAAAGUCCUAACCAGUCCUAACAAUGGGGGCAAAAGAGCCAAUCAGAUGCUUUGGCGCGCCUGUGUCUCCGAGGGGCAAAAGAGCCAAUGGGAGCAGUGAGCCUCUCGCGGUGAAGGAGCCAAUCAGUGUCCGUCUCCACUUAGCAGGUUGGUUAGACACUGUACAUUGAAAAACUUCAUUCUGAGCUCACGCACUUUAUUCAUCAGCGACGAUCGCAUCGUAUCAUUACAAACAUGCCAAAGAGCCAAAAGCCAGAUGCACACUGGGCUGGUGUUAUGUCCCUGUAUGCUCAGGGAAAAUACAAAUUUUCAACUGGCCAGAGACCUGGGAGCAGACGUUGGAGGGCAGUGCUACAGAGGAUCCAGAGUUGUCCUCUGACUCCUUUGGUGUUCGGCCAAACUGUCAGAAAGGUCGACAUUUUUGGCAAAACAAUCCCCUGCCAAUGUGGUUACCAUGAGUCAGGAAAGCAGGCACAGGCACUACCAGAUCCACAGGCUGCACAGGAGAACAGCAGCACACCAAGGGCCAGUGCAGCAUCUGGAAGUGAGGAAGGUUCAGUUCCUGCUGCCAUGACAUGCGGUGUUUGUGCUUUGAAAGUUCCGGUGGACCAGUUCUCACAGCACCUAUUGGACUACCACACCCAGGAGCAGUGUGAACAUUGUGGUGUGAAGGCCCAGGGAACAAUGGGAUUAACACACCACCUUGAAAGAUGUCAUGCUGUGAAAUCACUCACAGGUGACGUUCCAAAAAUGUCACCUCCGGCCCCUUCAGCCUCCUCCUACUCCUCUACUGCCCAGGCCCUGGAAAUAACAGAAACACCAAACAUCCACACCCAAGAUGCUCCUGCUCCAGCCUCCCUCCCCACCAAGGACAAGACACCUGUCAUUUGCUCCCAAGAUGCUCCUGCCCCUCCAACUCCAACAGUUCUUGAGAUGGCACCAGCAAGUCAGAGUCACCACCGACUACUUCUUCCUGCCUCUGCCUCUGCCCCUCCUCCAGCAGCAACACCAGGGCUCCCGGUGCUUUUGUCCUGUCGAGAGUUAAGCCGGACUAGGUUUUUACCCAAGCCGUUUCUCAGGGUCAUCCGGCCAGGUGACCAGGAGUGGAUUGCCCACGUCCUGUAUGAAGCGAAUGGGCAGCUGAGACAGGACAUCCGGGAAAACUGGCACCACCCCCCAAGCCCAGUGAGAUCUGCAUCACCUCCAGAUCCACAUGACUAUUUUCGACAGAGGAUGUUUCUUUGGGCUCCAAUGCGCAUGUGGGGAAUUCCACUGAAAUGCACCCAGUGCAAACGAAAGAUGCACCACUCUGGGAUAUACCCCAAAGUCAGAGAGGUCAUCGAUGUGGCAUCUAAAUAUUAUUUGAUUGGAGGUGAUUACCCAAGGUGCAGCAAGUGCAAGCAACCUGUCUGUCCUUGGAGUUGUGACAUUUUAAAUCAGCUGGACCCGUCAAAGCGCAACAAAUUCCCUGCUGUGUUGACAACACAUCUGGCACUGGACAGGAAAUGUGUGACACUUCUCCGUCCGAGAACAGCAGGGAAUAGCUCCAGUUACCUGCAGCAGGCUUUUCAGGAAGCGCACAGUGAGGAGUGGGCUCGGAGGUCUUGUGACUAUUUCACAGAAUGUGAAAUGCACAAGAAAUCCUGCCUCAGCCAGACCCAGACUGUUUAUGUGCCACCACCGCCCUUCCGUCGACUGCCCCUGGCCCAGUGGUUUGAGACAGUUCAUGCAAAUGAUGUUGUUGGUCACCUGGACGAGCUCAAAGGUGUCAUCACCUCAACAUUUGGCCGAAUUCUCAAGCUUGACUCCACUAAAAAGGUCACCAAAAAACUGGCUGGAGGGAUUGAGGACACAGCAACAUGGAUGACCAAUAUUGGGAACGAGCAUGGUCAAGUUCUCAACUCUGUCCUUACAACCGGUGAGGGAGCUGGCCUGGAUGACCUGUGCCAAGGCAUCGUGAAACGGUACAGGGAUGCUGGUGAGCCACAGCCAGACGCCAUCUAUGUGGACAGAGACUGUUGCAGCGACAGAGGAGUGAGCCCCGUUCUGCAGUGGUUUCGGCCUUGGACGUGUACUGUGCGGUUGGAUGUGUUCCAUUUCAUGAGGCGGUUCACAAAUGGUCUCACCACAGAACACCAUCCACUGUAUGGCACAUUCUGCUCCAAACUGUCCAGCAGCAUCUUUGAGUGGGACAAGCAGGACGUCUGUACCUUGAAGGAGGCCAAGCGGGCAGAACUGAAAAAGAAGCACCAUGGGCGUGAGCCAACCGAUGCUCAGGUGUUGGCAACCAUCAAUACGAGGGAGUUAGCGAGGCACUGCCGCAGGAGAACCCGGGGGGUAGAGGAGACCCGUGCCCCCAUCAAAUGUCUCCUUGACUCCAUGUGGCAGCUGGUGGAUGGCACUGGACUGCACCUCAUUAACCAUGAGAGCAUGUCUCGAGUGUGGGAGGUGCAGCAGAAACACCUUGCUUGCAUCCAGGAUCCACCAGGGGUGCAGCUGUACACCAACACUGGCUCAGGGCUGGAGAAAGGGGACAAGACACUGGAUGUCCUAAGAUGCGGCAGAGGGUCUUCCUCUCUUGAGAGUUUCCACAAGCACCAGUGUGCAUUCAUUCCAGGGUGGUGCACUGCAUACUCAAAUGUAUAUGCUUGAGGGUGUAUCGAGGUGGAACAUCAACCGCUCAGCACAAGCACUUGCCAUGACUGAAACGUCCGGGACAAAAAUAUAUGACAUAUGGUUGCUGUCAAGUGUGAAUGUGCUGAGCAACAGAGUGUUGGGAAGACCCCUCAUUCCCGAGUUUAUCCCCCCCGGGAAACCUACUGGAGAGCGCAUUGCUGUGGAGUACCUUCUGGCACAGUCCAACAGAGGAGAUCUCCUGAGUCAGCAGGCUGAAAUCCUUCCAGAGGUCUUGGAUGAAAACCCAGAAGAUGAAUGUGCAGAUGUGACUGUGCCACACAUCACGGACAUUACGUUUCAGGAAUCUGAAUACCCAUUUGUGGACAGCGAUGACUCAGUGAUGGAGCUCUUACAAGGCCAAGUUGAGGAGAGUGAUGCCCGUCUGCUGGGCCCAUUGAAUCCCCACUUGAGGAGAGUGACGCCACUGCGAGGACCAUCCAAACCCCUUUUGAGGACACUGGGCCUGUCACCCCAGCUCUGGUCACAAGUUCUGAUUCCAGAGGCAUUCCUGGAUGGGAGGCAGUUGAUGCUUUGGCAGGGUACCUGGUUGGGCUGAACCGAUCAAUAACCUCUCUCUCGAAUACUGAGGUGGCAGAGAUAUUGAGGCUGUACAGCUGCUUGAACAUCUUCGACCAGACUCCCACCUGAUACACCCUCAAAAGUAAAAAAACAACUUUGUCAGGACCUUGGAGAGCGUCAAGGAAGCGCAGUGGCUCUGCUCCAGGCCAGCAAGCUGC